AUGGCCCAACUGGCCAUGGAAAACGAUCUCUGCAUCGCAAAUGGUAACAUUACUCCCUUGUCCUCGCAGCAAUUAACGUGCAUCACUUCCCGGGGAACCAGUGUUGUCGACUACAUUUUAUUGACGCCGGAGCUAUUCUCAAUUUCUACAAAAAUGGAAGUGGCUGAAUAUUUUGGUGGUGACCACCUUCCAUUGACUCUAAUGUUAAACCUAAUAGAGCCACUCCCAGUCUCCUCAAACUAUAGAACCAUGGUACAAAGCCACCCUGUAUACAAAACAAAGAAAUGGACAAGCCUCAGCUCCUCUCUUGCCCUGGACAUACAAAAAUCAUUUGAUAUGUCUGCAGUUCCCUCUGAUCCAAUCCUGCCCGCUGACCAAUACCGGAAAUUACUUGAUGCUUUCUCAACAACUUACAUAACCACCACCUCGCCUACUUACCAACGCCUCUUCUCUGAAUCGCCCUGGUUUGACAAGGAAUGUAAAGCCCUAAGAAGGCGAAUUAGGAAAAUGGUCAGAAUCAUCAAAUCUUCCAACGACCCCCAAACCCGUGCAAAGCUCAUAGAUAUUAAAAGGACAUAUAGAAACAUGAUUCAUUGCAAGAAACAGCAGUACAUCUUUGAGGCUUGGUCCACUCUUCGUUCGGCUGUAGAGAGGCAUGACUCCCGCUCCUUCUGGCGCCUAGUUAGACCUUCGGCACCAUUCAAUCCAGCUACCCAGAUUUCCGCGGAUGAAUGGAUUGCUUAUUAUUCAACUAGUUUCGCUUCUCCAAACCAUCUUACAGAUCUCCUUCAAUCCCCAUUGGACCUCAGUUCCUGCUCUCUUAGUCCCACUUCUUCAAUAAACUUUACUUCAACUCGCAUUUUCAACAUCAUAAUGUCAAUGCAAAGGAAUAAGGCCCCCGGCCCAGACAUGGUCCCGUUGGACCUUUUCCUGACUGAUCCUCUUUGGUGGAGCGAACACCUGACUCCUGUAUUCACCGCUAUCUCCUCCGCCCUAGACAUCCCCGACUCCUGGAGAGAAGCUAUAAUAGUUCCGAUCUUCAAAGGCGGCCAGCCAAACAUCCCUAGGAACUAUCGCCCCAUCAGCUUAUUAUCCAUCCCGGGGAAAAUAUUUGCCGCUGUUUUACUGGAGGAACUUCUCUCAUGGGUCCAGGAGAGGAACAUUCUACCGCUAGAACAGAUUGGUUUCCGAAAGUCAGCGUCAACCAUGGACCAUUGUCUAACUCUCUUUCACCUUGCCAGUAAAUACACUGCUCCAAGGCAAGGCCACCUAUUUGCCGCUUUCAUGGACCUGGAGGCCGCCUUUGAUUCCAUUCCUAGGCAGAGAUUAUGGUCCAAACUUGCCCAUCUGGGAAUUGAUCCGCACCUUCUCUCCCUAAUUAUCUCCCUUUAUUCAAACACCACAGCUCGCGUCCGAACUAGUCCAAACGGCUUCCCCACUACUCCAUUUCCAACGGCCAAGGGCGUCCGACAAGGUUGCCUCUUGGCCCCUUUACUGUUUAAUCUCUAUCUUCAUGAUGCAAUUUCCACUUUGAAGCUAGCAUCUAAGUAUCCUCCUCACUUAGCAGGCCACCCCGUUGCUUCCCUUUUCUAUGCUGAUGAUGCCGUCAUCUUAUCCAGAACAGCUGCGGAUCUAGCAAAUGCAGUUAAUGCAUUUAUCGCCUAUUGUAAGGCGGAAGCUCUUAAUAUUAAUUAUAAAAAUCGAAAGUCCUCCACUUCACUCGUUCCCGCAAACUCAAGUUGGAGCCGCUUAAGAUCACAGGUGGCUACUUAG